AAUACCCUUUUUUUUCAGGUACAUUUUUAGGGAAUAAUGAAUCUGAACGUAGAGCAAUGAAAGCUCAGGAGAGAACAGCCAGCCUGUGGUCAUUUGUCAAUCGUCCAGAAGUGCUUCCUAAAUAUCUAAAUCCUAUGUAUGAGCCCAACCAACGAGUUAUAUGGCCUUCUGUUGCCCCUAUGAGUCUACAAUUAUGGGCUAGUGUCUUCUUGCGGUGGGUGGUGGACCAGGGACCCCAGGAGGCAGCAUGGUCUGUAGUACGAGAAUUGAGGGAGCGGGACUCAUCUCUUCGAUCUCGAGUAGCCCGCCUUAGAAGGCAGUUGCAAGAUCUGGAGCGAGAGGCAGUUGAAGUUGGAUUACUUUCACCAGCCACAGAGGUGCAAGUGAUGUGAACCAUUGUCAAGUUUCAUUCAGGUUUUUCAUGAGAAUAGUUAGGGUUUUUACACACCACCUUAUACUACACACACCAUAUUAUAUGGCACAUACCACCUUAUACUACACUCAUCCCCUUACACCACACACACCACCUUAUACCACACACACUCCCUUAUUCUAUACACACUCCCUUAUUCUAUACACAGCACCUUAUGCUACACUCUGCACCCUAUAGUACACACAACACCUUAUACUACACACCUUAUACUACCCUCACCUUAUGCUACACAAAACUUUAUGCACACAACACCUUAUACUACACUCACUGCCUUAUAGUACACACAACACCUUAUACUACACAGCACCUUAUACUACAUAAAACACCUUAUACUACAUUCACCAUGUACUACACCCACCAUCUCAUACUACACUUGCCACCUUAUACUCAACAUAGCACCUUAUACUACACUCACCAGCUUAUUAUACAGCAUGCACCACCUCAUACUGCACACGUCUUAUACAACACUGCCUUAUACUGCACACACCUUAUACAUGCACCACAUGAUACUACACUCACCUUAUACUACACACACCUUAUAGUACACUCACAACACCUCAUACUACACAUACCAUUUUAUACUGCACACACUACCUUAUAUUACACACACACCCUUAUACUACAUACAUACUACAUACACCACCUUAUGCUACACACUACCUUAUACUAUACACAACACCUUAUACUACACACACCUUAUACUACAUACAACACCUUAUACUACACCUACCACCUUAUGCUACACUUGCCACUGUAUACUCAUUAUAACACCUUAUACUACACUGACCACCUCAUACUUCACUCGCCACCAUACGCUACACUCAUUGCCUUAUACUACACACUGUUUUACACUAUACACACCACCUUAUAUGACACACAGCACCUUAUACUACACACAACACCUUAUACCACACAUAUUUUACUACACACAACACCUUAUACCACACACAUUUUACUGCACACACACCACCUUAUACAACACCUAAUACUACACAGUACCAUAUACUACACUUGCCACCUUAUACU